AAUAAUCUUGAAAUUAAAAAAAUAAAUGAGGAGAAAAAGGCAGCCUUGGCUGCACAAUUUGCUGCUGAGGCCACACUUAGAAGGGUGCAUAGUGCCCAGAAAGAUGACGAGAUGCCCCCAAUCGAGGCAAUCAUCACGCCGCUGGAGGCCGAGCUGAAACUAACACGUACUGAGGUGGCAAAGCUACAGGAGGAUAAUAAAGCACUCGACCGGCUCACUAAAUCGAAAGAGGCCGCUCUCUUGGAAGCCGAACGCACGGUUCAGAUGGCUCUAGCAAAAGCAUCAUUGGUUGAUGAUUUGCAGAACAAAAACCAAGAGCUGGGGAAACAGAUCGAGAUAUGCCAGGUUUCGGAAGUUGAGAAGCUAACGCAAACAGUUAGGGAGCUCGAGGAGGCUGUUUUGGCUGGAGGUGCUGCAGCAAAUGCUGUUUGUGAAUACCAAAGAAAAGUUCAAGAAAUAAAUGGAGAAAUGCAACAACUGAAUGAUAAGCUGGCAAUUGUAGAGCGUGCAGCCAAGGCGGAAGCACAAAUGAAGUUUUGGAGGAAAGGGUCAAAAUAUCCCAAUGGCACUAACCGUGCUUCAUCACAAAGAAGAAGCAUGAGUAAUGGGAGAUCACGUAGACAGUCACAAGGAGUAUUGGGAAACUUCUCCACACCACCUUCAAAUGGAUUUUUGUCCAUGAAAACGAUAAUUUCAAGAUCACCCCGGAUAAGUAGUCCAAAUCACGUGAAAAUUUUGCCGAGCUCAUUUAACGGUGAUAGGGAACUGACUAAUGGUGAAAAGGUGGCUCCAGAGAGAGAAAACAAUGAUAGGGAGCCUUCUCAUGGGAAGGAGAGCCAAAAUGGUAAUGGAGUAACUAAGCCAUUUCAGAACGGGAAUGGGUUUGUUUUGACUGAUAAGUUGAAAACUGAAAAUGAAGACUGUGUUUCGGGCUUGUUGUACGACAUGCUGCAGAAAGAUGUCAUAUUACUGCGUAAACAUGUCAUGAGAAAGAUCAAAGCUUGA